AGAAAACGGAGGUAUACAAAAGAAAAACUAAGAAAAAGAGCCCUCCUGUUUUAGGAGAGAACAUUAUAGCAAAACCAGAUGCCCUUCCUGGCCUUUCCACUAAAGGGACAGGUCAAAUGUAUCCUUUUAAAGAACUGGAGGCGCUGAACCUCGGCAGCUCCGCCAGUUCUGAGUCUUCUGAUUCCGAACAAGACUCUCUAGGCCCUGGAGAUGAAACAGAACUAGAAGAAGAGGCUACAAAGUACGAGGCGGAGAGAUAUCACCCGGAUGGGGAGUUUUUCUCUAAACUGCUACCCAAGGGCAAGGCCUCAGCAAAAGCGAUAGCAACUCCAUCUGCUCCGCCUAUGCCGCUCUCUCCCCCCCCUUAUGAAGGGCGUUUACAUAGUUUCUCCUUUUUACCUGAAAAAAUUAGAAGAAAGGUCCAUCUCACCUUCCCCGUUUUCGAAGUAGAGAAUGGAGGGCGGGUACAUACUCCGGUUGAGUAUAAACAGAUAAAAGAAUUGGCAGAAUCGGUUCGUAAUUAUGGACCUAAUGCCAACUUUACUAUUAUGCAGAUAGAAAGGCUUGUUGGAUCCCUAACUCCUGCCGAUUGGCAGAUGGUGGUGAAGGCAGUAUUACCAAAUAUGGGGCAAUAUAUGGAAUGGAGAGCAUUAUGGCAUGAGGCUGCCCAGUCACAGGCGAGGGCUAACGCCAUAGCACUCACCCCAGAGCAGAGAGAAUGGAAUUUCGAUCUGCUUACAGGACAAGGAGUCUAUGCUGUGAACCAAAUUAAUUACCCUUGGGGCGCAUAUGCUCAAAUAGCCACCCUGGUAAUUAGGGCAUGGAAGUCACUUACGCAGAAAGGGAAGGCAGGUGGACAACUUACCAAGAUUAUACAACAACCUCAGGAGCCAUUUUCCGAUUUUGUGGCAAGGAUGACGGAAGCGGCAGGAAGAAUUUUUGGAGAUACAGAGCAGGUUAAGCCGUUGAUAGAACAGCUCAUCUUCGAGCAGGCUACACAAGAAUGUAAAACAGCAAUUGCCCCUAGGAAAGGAAAAGGUUUGGAUGAUUGGCUCAGGGUAUGCAGAGAACUCGGAGGACCGCUUACUAAUGCAGGCUUGGCGGCUGCCAUUCUUCAAUCACAAAGAAAGCCGACGGGCUUCAAGGAUCGGAGGCUCUGUUUUAAUUGUGGAAAGCCAGGGCACCUAAAAAAAGAAUGUCGAGCUCUAAAAAAGGGUCAGGAUACUAUCUGUGCCAGAUGUGGGAAAGGCUACCAUAAGGCAAGCCAAUGCAGAUCCAUAAGAGACCUUAAGGGCAAUCUCCUUCCCCCCCGUAAACCAGGUACAGCUGACCAAGAGCCAAAAAACGGCCAGGUGGGCCCC